UUUUCCAAUGAAUCCAAAGUGCAUCUUCUACGGAAAGUAAUUCCUCUUAUCAGGCUACCUUAGAGGCUCCUACCAGUCUAAACAGCGUGGGUCUCGGUGAUGCACUGUACUUCGAGUAAUUUGUUUAGGCUAAGCCACUCGUCAAACCCUAAUUCCAGCUUUCCCUUCAUUAGCCUGACGGACUUUCUACAGGGAGCUUCGUCCUCGGUGAUGCUGUCUGUGGCUGUCUGGAAAAUCCAGCUGAGGAUGUGAGUGUGGUUUGAACCUCCUCCUCCUCCUCCCCCUGCAUCGCGCCACACAUGCUACGCAGCUAAUGUUAGCGCCGCACUGACCAACUCGCCAAUGGGAUACUCAGCCUACGGACUUUUUUGGCUCCUGCGCAGAACCUUAACCGUUUGAAUUUCUUUCGGCUGCUUUUCGGUUUUAAUCGAAACCGCAAAACAGCUCCACAGUUCAUCAAGUUGGUUUAGUCUGUUGAUUGUGAAAUCCCACUUAUGACUGAUAAGUAUGGGCACGGCGCGCGGCACGCUGUGGGGAGACGUCGUUGUGGUCCUCUUGCUCCUCUGUGAAGGUUCUUCAGGACUCUACUUCCCCCAGAGCACAUAUUCAGAAACCAUUUAUGUUGGUCAGCCAGCUGGGGCACCAGUGCUACAGGUGCACUCCAUGCGAGAGCGACCCUCAGAGGAGCCCUACUUCUGCCUGAGCUGGAGGAACAUUCAGAAACCACCCCUUUAUGCAGCAUGGUUCCACCUAGAUCCGCUCACUGGAGUUCUCUAUAUGAACAAAACUCUGGAGUGGACUGACUUUGACUCUUUAUCCAGCAGCACAUUAGGGUACACAAGGAAGCUGACCCUGAAAGUGGCGGCUGCCCCUGUGUCUCAGAAAGCAACCUGCAUUCACCACUCUAGAGUGGAUGUCAGUCUCACCUUCAUCAAUGCCACAGCGCCCUCCUGUGGCCAGAAGAUGGAGAAACUGUGCUUUCCUGAUGGAGAUAUAAGCUCCCACAUCAAAGAGAACCGCUUGCCUGGAGCUCUAAGACAGCUUCGUCGCUUCACCCAUGCUGACAUCUGUCCCAACUACACCAUCAGCUAUAGAGUGGAAGCAGACUCUCCAGUGCCAUUUGCGGUCAAUAACGCUACCUCAGAGCUGGUGGUCACAGCACCUGUGGACCGCGAGGAGAAAGAGCUCUAUCGGCUGAUCAUAGUGUGUAAUGUGCGAACAGCAGACAUGCUGCACAGGCUGGACACCCCUCUGCUGAUCAACAUCUAUGAUGAGGAUGACACUGCUCCCUAUGUGAAUGGCACAGACUCUGAGGAUGUGCUUAUAGAAUUCAGCCGUAGUGAGGGCACUGUAUUUGGCCAUGUGUUUGUUUAUGACAGAGACACAACUCCUAGUUAUCCCAAGGACCAGACUGAGAAUAAGUUUGUUGGGACCCUAAUGACUAAUGACUCCUGGAUCAAAGACACAUUUACCAUUCUACAUGGGUUCAGGGAGGAGAAAGCCAUGUUUGGCAAUGUGCGGGGGACAGUGCAUGAGUACAAGCUGAGUUUGAGCAGGAACGUGUUAGUGGAUGAGAGACGCUCUGUACAGUUGGACUACUUGGUCAAUGACACCACGUACCCAGGCACUGAGGGAACUGUGAUGCUGCACUUCAAUAUCACAAUUCUGCCUGUUCCUAUUCAGUUCAGCAACAUCACUUACAUCUUUGUACUGUCUCGGAAAUCAUCAAUCUACUCACAGAUUGGAAAAGUGUGUGUGGAUAAUUGCCUGAAGUUCAAGGGCAUUGAUAUUGUAUACCAGUUGGAGAUCAGCGACAGGAACGUCUCUUCUGAUGUGCUGUCCUGCUACACCACGGUCAAUGUAGCUCGGAGUCUAGAGGAAAUGUCCGGGGUUCUCUAUGUUAACGAUACAAAGCCAUUUUACAGGCCUGAGUGUCAGGAGCUGCAGUACGUACUUGUUGCUCAGGAGCAGCAGAAGCAGCUUCAGACAAAAACUCAUCUCCUCAUUAUAUUUGACGGUGAAGCGGAGGUCCUGAGGGCGGAGAGGCCUCGCUCACUGACCUGUGCAGAGAAGAGGCAGCGUGGAGAGUGUGAGACAUUCAAAGGCAUGGGAGCUCCCACUGGGAGAUGUCAUUGGAGACAGGGUACAGAUAAAGGGAUAUCAGAAAAUUACUCCACUUGUUCUCCAGACCUGCGCACAUGCCCAGACGGCUACUGUGAUGUGAUUGAAAGCAAAAAUAUGUCCAUCUGUCCACAGGAUUGCACCCGUGUGCCCAUUAUUGGUGGCCAUGAGAGAGGCUUGAUGCUUGGAAUUAAAGCAGGGUAUGGAACCUGUUAUUGCUAUUCAGAGAAAUGCUUCUGUGAGCAGGAUGAGAUGGAAGAGCCAAUCUGUGAUGAUAUGUGUAAGACCAUCAUUGCCACGGCAGUUCUUCUCUCCUUCAUUGUCUCCAUCCUCCUCUCCUCUUACUUCAUCCAUCGCUAUCACAAGAACACCCCUAAACCACCCAUUGCUUCAGCUGAGAUGACUUUCCGCAGGCCUGCACAAUCCUAUCCAAUCAGUUACUCCGCUAACAAUGUUCGACGUAGUUCUCUGGACUCCAUGGAGAACCAAGUGGCCAUUGACACCUUUAAAAUACCUGAGGAUCCAAAGUGGGAAUUCCCAAGAAAGAACUUAGUUUUGGGUAAAACUCUUGGAGAGGGAGAGUUUGGGAAGGUGGUGAAAGCAACAGCAUUCCGGCUCAAAGGGAAGGCAGGAUACACUACAGUGGCUGUAAAAAUGUUGAAAGAAAAUGCCUCUCACAGUGAACUUCGUGACCUUUUGUCGGAAUUUACCUUGCUGAAGCAGGUCAACCACCCACAUGUUAUAAAAAUGUAUGGAGCUUGUAGCCAGGAUGGUCCAUUGUAUCUGAUUGUUGAAUAUGCCAAAUAUGGAUCACUGCGAAACUUCUUGAGAGAGAGCCGAAAGGUGGGGCCCAGCUACAUGGGUAGCGAUGCGAACCGUAACUCCAGCUACCUGGAGAAUCCAGACGAGAGAGCUCUGACCAUGGGAGACCUCAUCUCUUUUGCCUGGCAGAUCUCCAGAGGAAUGCAGUACCUGGCUGAAAUGAAGCUGGUUCAUCGAGAUCUUGCUGCAAGGAAUGUUCUGGUGGCAGAGGGGAGGAAAAUGAAGAUAUCAGACUUUGGUUUGUCUCGGGAUGUCUAUGAGGAAGACUCUUAUGUGAAGAGAAGCAAGGGUCGUAUUCCUGUCAAAUGGAUGGCUAUUGAGUCAUUGUUUGACCACAUAUAUACCACGCAAAGUGAUGUCUGGUCUUUUGGUGUGCUGUUAUGGGAAAUUGUGACCCUGGGGGGAAACCCAUAUCCAGGCAUUGCCCCUGAGAGGCUCUUCAACCUCCUCAAGACAGGCUAUAGGAUGGAGAAACCAGAGAACUGCACUGAAGAAAUGUAUAGUUUGAUGCUUCGCUGCUGGAAGCAAGAGCCAGACAAGAGGCCCACCUUCUCAGAGAUCAGCAAAGAGCUGGAGAAGAUGAUGGUGAAAAGCAGAGAUUAUCUGGAUCUCGCUGCCUCCACGCCUGCAGAUGCCCUGCUAUAUGACGACGCCCUCUCUGAAGAGGACACCCCCCUAGUGGACUGUAAUAACGCCCCUCUCCCUCGAACCCUUCCCUCCACUUGGAUUGAAAACAAGCUCUAUGGUAGAAUUUCCCAUGCAUUCACUCGAUUCUGAGACAAAAAAAUAAGAUCUAUUUGUCUUUGAGUAGCUUCCAUAGGGAGGGUCCUGUGAUUGUGCUAAUGGCAUGAUAGCCAGAGAUCCCUGAAAACUGCCCAAGAUUUUUAGAUGAGUUAAUCCUGUAGCAUUUGGAGUAAAUGAUCAGAUGUCUGAUUUUGGACCUGCUUCCGAUGUACAUGGACAAGCCUGUUAAAAUGAGUUAUUUUUUUAAUGAGCUUUUUAAAACUUGUUUAUUAUUGAUAACAUUAAGUACAGCACACUGUCUUGUUCUCUGGGGAAAAUACGUCCCAAGAUGCUUGUUUUGUAGGACCUGCAUCGUUUUUUUACAUUUGCACUGUUAUUUAUAGUUUUGUUUAGGUUUACAUUUGAAACAGGUCCCAUCUAAAUCAAUCUUGAUCUAUUUGGUAUGAAUCACAUACUGGCAUUCUCUGUAAUAUCUUUUACAUAUUACAGAAAUGAAGUGUUUGUAUAGAUGGACUCAACAAUGCUGAAUAGAGAAGCAGUAAGGCUUUUGAAUUAAACUCUUCCAUUAUAUAUGAAUAUGCAAGGCUUACUUAGCUUACGAGAUCCCAGUUAUUGUGUGAACAUCUAGUCGUUACGCCUUUAGUAUAUUCAGCAAUAACAUGGCUAUCAGUGAGGUGUUUCUGUGCAGCCAUCCGGAGGUCUAAUCAAUCUAGGAAUGUUCAAAAAAGUUAAAUACAAGAAAACCCCCAUUGUUUUUUCGUGCUAUUUUAUGAACUGACAUUACCAGGGAUGACAUAGCAUGGAUAAUAUCAUCACACUGGGUUACUGACAUGAACGUAAAUAAAAUAUUGGGACCAAAGACAUCUAUCAUUGCAUUACAUAUUUUAUCAGUAAAUCUCAUUAUGUCCAAUUUACCCCUUAAUAUGUACAUUCAAAAUGAACUACAAACAGAGUUUCUUUUGAGAGCCUUACUGUCUGCACUCUACACCUUUUUUCCUCAGUGCAGAAAAAAUGAUAUGUUCUCGUUUUUAGGCAUGUCAUACCCGAACUGGCCUGAGAAGAGCCCGGUACAGCUCAACAGACUUGAUGCCACUAACCCAGUCUUUACAAGAUAUGCCAAUGAUAGUGUUUAUGCAAACUGGAUGGCUUUGCCUUCUCCCGCAAAAAUUUUGGA